AUUCAAAGGCAACCGCCUUAUUCCGCCCCAGAAGCCCAAAGCGUCGAUCAUCCUGUACUAACUCAGUGAGUCAGGUUAAAUGGUUGCUGAAAUUUGCAUGUAAGGAUUAGGAUUGCAAGAAAAGCGGAGAAUUGCCAUGUUAGGAAGUGCUCGUGUUCGGCUGAACCGGUGGCAGCAGGUGGCUGUUGCGGUCGGUUCAGCUGCGGGUGCAUUGCUGGACCCAAGCAGAGCUGAUCUCAUUGCAGCUCUUGGAGAGACUACUGGGAAGCCUGCAUUUGAGAGAGUUCUCGAAAGAAUGAAGAGGAGCCCUGAAGGCAGAGCCAUACUGUUGGAGCAACCCCGUGUAAUAUCUGUAAAUGUGGGUUAUGCAUGGGAUCUACCAGAAAACACAUUUGGCGCCACCUAUGCAAAGUUCAUGGGAUCCAGGAACUUCUCGCCAGAUGAUCGACCGCCUGUGCGGUUCAUGGAGACAGAUGAGCUUCCAUAUGUGGCCAUGAGGGCUCGGGAGGUGCACGACUUCUGGCACACGCUUUUUGGCCUUCCGACGAACUUGAUGGGGGAGUCAGCACUGAAGGUAAUAGAGUUUGAGCAAAUGUACCUUCCCAUGUGCUUGAUGUCCGUCAUAGGGGGAUCGGCGAGAUUCAACGGUAAGCAAAGGAAAUUGUUCCUUCAACACUACUUCCCUUGGGCCGUCCGAGCUGGAAUGCAGUGCACAGAUCUAAUGUGCGUGUAUUACGAGCAGCACUUUCACGAGGAUUUGGAUUAUGUUCGGAGAAAGUGGGGUAUAAUUCCUGCCCCUGCUCCUCCUAAACAAGCCUGAUCAUCAGCUGCUUCAGCUUGUUUGGUAGAGAAACUGUAAAAUUCUUGAGCAUUUCGUUGUCCUCUUAAAUUUACGCUUUUCGUUUUGCAGAAAAAUGCAACCGAUAAAUGCAACCGCGCGCUCCGUAGGCCUGUCCCCGGCCAGGCACGGCGUUUCCAAUCAUCAUCGAACUUUAGAAAACAACAGAAAUGACCAUGUAUCAAUGGAAAACAGAAAUGAAUCAGUGACAAAACAACAGGUAACACGAAAUAUGCACUAGGAAAUGUUUGGUUUGUCGAUGAAAACGAAACCUGUAUCAGAUGGUUUAUCCAUCUAAAUAGAUCAUUCUUGACUGAAUGAUCCAAACAACCACAAGAUCUAUAUUACAUGACAGAAUCCACAAAGACUUCCAUUGUUUUAUAUAAAAAGGAUGAAGGCAUUGCCUCGUCCGGCAUGGAGGUUUCACAAAAUUCAACGUUACGAAGGGCAUGUCUGUCUCAGUUACCACCUGGUCCACCGAAGAGGUAACCCAGAGAAGAUCCACCACCUGGGGCAGCAUGGACCUUGGUCGAGGGUCGGUCCUGCACACAAGGAAAAUCAAUAAGAACAUCGGUAAACAGAGAUUGCGCAUAAAACAGAACGAGAACGUUACAACAAACAAUGUUUUCAGUUGAGAGACAAGUUUUAGGGUGGAGGAAUGAAGAGGAAAAUGCCAGUUUCAGCAUAAAUAUAAACUGUUGUCACUGUACCGUUUGGAGAUCGGAUUUCACACGAGUAACUACUUUCUAGAGAAAAUGGCUUCACUGCAGCAUAAACACAACACUAUUUGGAUAACAAAUUCAAAAUUAAAGAAAAAAUUGGGGAUUCACGGGGCUAUAUCUGUAACCGCGUAAGUAAACUAGGUUUUGUCUAAAAGCCUAUACGCAUCAGAAACAACUGUAAUGUUAUUUGUAGAAGACAAUGAGAAGAACCAUACCGUAAUGAAGUUUCCGGUGUUCUGGCCAUCUGCACGCAUGUAGUUGUUUGUGGAGGUGCUAUGGAUACCAGCAGGAAUAGCCUUGGUGAUAUCAACUGGUUCAGGAGGAGGAGCAGGAGCAGUAGGCUUGGAAGCAGGCUCAUUGCUCACAGCCCUCCCUUCAUUUGGAACUGGCGCAUCUUGAGCAUUGUUGGCAGCUGGUUUCGGAGCCU